UCACCCGACUAUAAGAUGGGCACCCCGGCUGCCGCCUCCCUCCCCUCCCAACGGCCCCAAAGCCACAAAGCCGAGUUCCUCUGCUCCUCGAGCAGCCGAACAUAGCAGUCUCCAGAGCACCCCCCAUGGCGACGGCAGCUGCGGCGGCCCCGGCCGUUCAGACUGUGGUGCUGAGGGUGUCCAUCCACUGCCAUGGCUGCAAGAAGAAGGUCCGGAAGGUGCUCAGGAGCGUCGAAGGUGUGCAGAACGUGACGGUGGACGCCGCGCAGCACAAGGUGACGGUGACGGGCACCGUGGACGCCAACACGCUCGUCCAGAAGCUGCACAAGUCCGGCAAGAAGGGGGUGCCGUGGCAGUACUGCCACCCGCCCGCCAACAAGACGGAGGCCGCCGCGCCUGCUCCGGCGCCGGAGGCGCUGUCGGCUCCGCCGGCCGGCGACGGCGGCAAGGAUGAUGCUGCGAAAGCGGCGGACAACAAGAAGCCGGACGAGGCGGUGAAGGAGCCGCAGGUCGAGAGCUCCGAGAAGAUGCAGCCUGAGCAGGAGCCCGCGGGCGCGGAGAAGAAGGCGGAGGCACAGCUGAAGGCGGAGAAGAAAGUGGAGGAGAAGAAGGACGGCGGCGACAGCGAGGCAGCUGAGACCAAGGCCAAGGGCGCAGAGCCAGCAAAGGAAGAGGCGAAGGAAGCCGCCGCCGCUGUUGCCAAGAACGAGGACGAGGCAAAGAAGAGCGACAAGCCCAAGGACGCCGCCGGCAAGCCGGAGCCCGUCGCCGUGACGUCGGAGAGGUCCCUGCCCGCGCCCCCGCCGCCGGCCCCCAAGUACGCGUACGAGGAGGACUACCGCCACCCCUACUACGCGCCGGCGCCGCAGCCGGUGAUGAGCUACCACGCCGCGCAGCCGAGCGCGAGCGUGUCCUACUUCGCGCCGCAGCCGCAGCAGGCCUACUCCAUGCCGCCGCCGGCGUACUCCGCGCACCAGCCGCAGCCGCAGCCAAUGCGGCAGUGGUCGCCGUCGUACCUGUAUGUCCCGUACCCGCAGGCGGCGCCGGAGCCGUACCACCAGGACUACUACAGCCCGCCCGGGAUGCACGCGUCGCCGCCGCCGAUGCAGGACUCGUACCGCAUCUUCGACGACGAGAACCCCAACUCCUGCAGCGUCAUGUGAGCGAGGGUGGUUCGCCGGCCGCCGCCGUGCCGGGCUUCGUCAUCGGGUCGGUUCCGUGGCGGGGGCGAGUAUAGUUGGGGGAGGCGGCACCGCAACCGCAAUAGAGAGAGACCUCUCUGUGGUUGUUGGUAGAGUAGCCUGUAUUACUCUCUUCCACUCAGAGGUCAAACCUCUCUCUCUCCAUGACAGAGCCUCCAUUUUCUUUACUGUCCCUUUUUUAUUGUUCUAAUCAAGUAAUUAGAGCAUGUAAAUUGUAAUGAGAUACGUACGCCUUUACCUGUAGUUAAUUUCCACCGCGUCUGUGCAGGCUACUAGAGUUUUGUAUGAGCUACCACUAAUACAUACCAAUACCAUGACA